AUGAUGUGGCGUGGAGUGUCUACAGCAGUUCUGGAUGUUUCGUACUCCGCCCUCACCAUUCUCUGUUAUUCAUUUCCUUUUAUUAUAUUUCUUGUUGUUGGUAAUGUUGUGGCCUGUGUUCUUGCCCACUGGUUGGUGCAGUGGAAUACUCUCUCUCUCUCUCUUUCUCUCUUUCCCUUUUUUUCUCUGCUUAGUUGCUUUCUCUGUAAGGUUCCCUUGGUGUAUGCUGUUACUGAUGACACUCCAUCGCUGUAUCCUAACAAAACGCCUGAUCCCAUUGAUGUUGCACUCUGUGCGUUUCUGACACAACCCCCUCCCACCGCCUGUGCCCGUGCAGUGGGGCUGAUGCGGCCCCGCCACGUGUUCAUUGUGCGUAUCCACAGUCUGCUUGACAGUGGCUCUCUGUUACUUUCAUAUGUCUCUCUCUCCCUCUUUUUCUUUUUCUAUGGUCGGGUUAUGGUAUCCCAUUUCCUCCUUAUUUUUCCUUCUAUGCUUGAUAAUCCUGCAUUUGAUUUUCUGUUGCCAAUAUUUCUUUUUCUUCUCUUCUGCUUACAGACACACAAAUACACAAACUCUUCAAGAUUACACGUGAAGGAAUGCGGCGUCUCUUCUUGUUUGCUUCGUUGCUCCUUCUGUACUGCACCCUUGUCACUCUUGCUGUGA